UUCUCAGAUUUUGCUCAAUAUACUACACAUAAUUACAUUUAAAUUUAUAAAAACAAUAUCUUAUUCAAUAAGAAUAAGAUGUGUUUUUUUCAAAUAUCUCAUUGUUAGACACUGAUCUCCUUUGGCAGCAACUUUCUUGCCAGUAGAGCUUUACUGCAUCAAGCUGUCCUGUUUCUGUGGGGUUCCUUGGGCUCAGGUGAGGAGGAGGAGCAGUUACAGCAGCUCAUGGAGUCAGUCGGAUUUGAGGAAGAAGUAGGGGAGUAUCUGAAGUGUUUCUACUGUGACCUGGGCUUCUGGGAUGCCUGCUACACCACCGAAACCAACUGCAGCCUCGGGGAACGCUGCUACACGGGCCGAGGGAAGGCAGCUGAUACUCUGGACGUGAAGACUUUAGGUUGUGUGAAGGCGGAGAAAUGCGGCGUGGAGACUAUGGUGGAGCUCUUCUCCAACAAAACCAUCUUUGUCAUGACCAAACACUGCUGCGACACUCCCUUCUGCAACUCGGCACACACGCUUCCAACCAGCACACUUUUUCAUCUCACUGUGGCUGUUCUAACUACCUGGCACCUCGCUGAAGCCUCAUGGGGACCACAGUAAAAAAACCUGCAUUUAGUCAUGGUGUCAAACCAAAAAAGACAAAGACAUGAAGUUUGAAGUGAUGCUGAAAGGACUUCAACCAUAUGGUGAAGAAAAAUGACCAGCUUUGCAGAACCUUUGUACAGUCCAAUAGACUGCUGAAUUAGAAAACACUACUUAGAUACAUAUUCAUUUAGAAAAGCUUUAAUCCAACCAAUUUGUUUGUAUCAUAUUAAAUUGAAUUAAUGGUAUUUUAACUGAAAAAAACAUGAAAAGGUUGGAGCUGGGUUUUUUUUGCUACAA